AUGUGGGGGGGGUGGGGGGAGGGGGGUGGGGUGGUGGGGGGGGGGGGUGGGGGGCGGAGGGGCGUCUCGGGAGGAAGAGAGGCGGGGUGGGGCGGCACAUGGGGGCAGGGCGUGAAGGGGAGGAGGGGGGGGGAAGGGGGGGGUGGGCGGAGGCGGUGGAGGGGGGGGGCUGCGCGGGUGAGGGGAGAGGGGGGGUGGGGGCGGCAGGGGGUCGGGGGAGGGGGGGCGAGGACGGUGGUGAGGGGGGAGGAGGGGGGAAGGGGGCGGGUGGCGGGGGGAGAAGCUGGGGGGGUUUUUCGGGGGGGGGGGGAGACGGGUAGGAGGGGGCGGGGUGGUUGUGGGUCGUGGUGGGGGGGGGGAGCGGGGUGGGAGUGGCGGCGCGGGGGUCGUGGAGGCGCAUGGGGGGGAGGACGGACGGGGGUGGGGGGAGGGGGUUGGCCGAGGGGGGGGGGGGGGAGGGGAGGGGGGGGGGGGGGGGGCGGGUCGGGCGGGCCUCGUGCGGGGGCGAGGAGGGGGGGGCGGGCGGGGGGGGGGGGGGAAGGGGGGGGCUGGGGGGGGGCGGUGGGGGGGAAAGGGGGGGAGGAGGGGGGGGGGUGGGCGGGGGGGGGCGGGGGGGUGGGGGAGGCGGAGGGGUGCGGAGUGGAGAAGACGGGGCAGGGUCGGGAGGGUGGUGGUGGGGCGGCGCGGGUGGGGGCAACAGAAGGUCGUAGCGCGGGGGCGGGGGGAGACGGGUGGGCGGGGUGGGGGGGGCGGGGGGGUGGACGGGCGUGGGUGCGGAGGGGGGCCGGGGAGGGGGUGGGGAGGGGGGGGGGGGGGGGGGGGUGGGGGGGGGGCGGGAACCGGGGGAGGGGGCGCGGAGGGGCGCGCGGCGGGAUGCGGGCGGGGUGGCAGCGAGGGGCGACGAGGGGGGGUGCGGGCCGGGGGUUGGUGGGGGGAAGGGGGGGGGAGGGGGGGAGGUGGGGUAGCGGACGUGCGAGGGGGGUGAUGUACGGGUCGGUAGGCGGGAGGUCGGGUGAGAGUGGCGUGGAGCGGGAGAAGGGGGUCGUGGGGGGAGGGGGGGGCGGAGAGGAGAGGGGGGUUAGGCGGGGGAGGGGGGGGGGGUGGUGGGGGGGGGCGUGGAGGGAGGGGAAGUCGGGGGUUUCGGCGGGGGGGGGUGCGUGGAGGGAGGGCGGGGGUAGGGGGGGGGUGGGUGGGGGGGGGGGGCGCGGGGGGGGGGGGGGCGCGGCGGGGGGGGGGGAGCAUGACGGGCACACGCGUGGGGGGGGGGGAGGGGGGGGGAGCGGCGGAGGGGGGGGGGGCGGGGGAGGGGAGGCGGGGCAGGGGGGGGUGGGGGAGGGGGCGGGAGUGGGGGCGCGUGGUGGGGGAGGAAGAGCGGGCGGGGGGGGGGCAAGCGCGCGGGGGGGGGGGGGGGGUAAACGUGGGGGGGUGGGGGGGGGCGGCAGCGGGCGGCGAGGGGAGGGCGGGCGGCGCGUGGGGGGGGGGGUUGGGGUGCUGGGUGUGGGGGGGGUGGGGGAGGGCCCCAACGGGGUUGGGGGCGGGGUGGAGGGGCGAGGGAGGGGAGGGGGGGGGGGAGGACGGGGGGGGGGGGGGGCGGGCGGAGUGGGGGGGACUGGCGGAGGGGUGGAGGUGGCAGGGGGGGCGGGGCAGGGCGGCAAGGGUGGGGGCGGCGUGGUGGUUGGUGGGGAGGUGGGGGGUGGGGUGGGGGGGGGUGUCGGGGGGGGAGGGGGUGGGUGCGGAGAUGGGGGGCGGGAUGGGGGGGGGUGCGGCAGGCGGGCGCCUGGGGGGGGGGAGGUCCGGGGGGGCGUGGUGGGGCCAGGGGAGGCUGAUGGGCAGGCGCGGUAG